AUGAUCACUCGAACCGCACGAUGCGCUCGCCGGAUAGGUAUCCCUUCUUUCUCCAGCUCACGUCCAGUUUCACUUAUUCCUCUCCGGCAUUCCCUCUUUUCACUUCCACGCGUGCCAUAUCGAACCAUGACCUCCUCAGAAUGGACGACCCCCUUGAGAGAGUUCCCUACCUCUGAUCUCCCCCUCUUUGAGCAAUCCGCGGAGAUUGAGGAAGAAACCCUUCCAACCUACGAACCGGAAAAGUACUACCCGGUGCAACAGGGAGAGGUAUUACAUAACAAGUAUCAAGUUCUUGCCAAGUUAGGUUAUGGGGUCACGUCAACAGUGUGGUUGGGUCGCGAUCUCUGCGACUCGAAAUAUGUGGUCUUAAAGAUCUAUGUCACGGGCCAAAACCGGAAUCAUGAGCUGGAGAUUUACAAGCGCAUGGAUGCCGUGGAAGCCCAUCAUCCAGGAAAGGACUUUAUCCGAAAACUGCUUGACCAUUUCUCGAUUGAGGGACCUCAUGGCCAACAUAUCUGUCUUGUUCAUCAGCCUUUAGGAAUGAGUGCAGAUACGCUCUUACAAAAAUACAUUCCAGGGAAACUUAUGACUCUCGAGGAAAUGAAGCCUUGUAUCAGGCAGUUGCUUAUUGGCUUAGAUUUCUUGCACUCUGCGGCUCAUAUCAUUCAUACAGAUCUUCAGUUGAAAAAUAUGCUUCUACCGGUUACAGAUAUCAAGAAACUUUCAAGCCUCGAGGAACGAGAGGUCAACGCUCCAUCACCUAGAAAAGUGCUUAAAGACCGAACAAUAUACUUAUCCACCAUUUACAACGCUGGUGGGGAUGGGUUACCCCUUUUAAGUGACUUUGGCGAAGCCCGAUUUGGUGAUGUUGAGAAUAAUGCGGAUAUCAUGCCAAACAUGUACAGGGCUCCCGAGGUCGUUUUUAAAGAGAGCUGGGACUACAAGGUAGAUAUCUGGAAUGUUGCAAUGGUGGCCUGGGACAUUGUAUGCUCCCGCCACAUUUUCAACGGCAAAAAUCCAGACGGUAUUUUCGAUGAUCGAGUUCAUGUUGCUGAGAUGAUAGCGCUCUUGGGUCCUCCGCCGGCUGAAUUUCGCGAACGGUGCAAGCUGGCCUACGUCUUUUGGGAUGAACAGGGUAACUGGAAGGACUUGGCGCCAAUCCCGGACAUCUCCUUGGAAAGCCUGGGUGCUGACAUCCGAGGAAAAGAUAAAGAGGGAUUCUUCCGGUGGCUUCGGGCGGCCUUGCAGUGGAAUGCUGAGGAUCGGCCGUCGGCCACGGAUCUCUUGUUUGAUGAAUGGUUAAUGGAAGGCCUCGGCUUAAAUACCAAGAAGGAGAAUGCCAAGAAUUGA